AUGAUUUUGACGCUUUUGCCAAUUUUUUGGAAACUCACUGAAGCCGAAUCGCAUUGUAGUCUAGGAAAAUGCCAAACAUAUGGGCUAGAUAUCAACGGAGAUGCAAUGGAGAACUCAGAAUUAGUUGGCCAUGUCUUUCAUGAGUCUGCAACGAUGAAUCCAAUUCAGUGUCACAUGUGGUGUGUAGAUGACUGUCGGUGUUUGUCGUUCAACUACAAGGAAAAUAACGAAAGAAAAGCUUGCGAGUUAAAUGAAGGCAGCCACUAUACAAACGAGAGCUCUCUCAAACAUUCUCCGGGCUCACGCUAUUACAACCUUCGAAGAGAAUUCAGCCAAAAGGUAUAAAAACUUAUUACAAUACAUCUUUGCAAACAUAUGUCCUCGGAGUUAGAUGUUUUUCAGCCCCACCGUUUUUUAACAUAUCACGGCUAUCUAAGGGACGCCGGGGCAAACGUCCAAGCUCACAUGAGUCGAACCAUAACCUGGAGCUAGCAACUGCUAUGCUGGGCCUAGUGUGGCCUUUUCACGGACCGGUUUAUGUUUUAAAACAAAGUUAAAAGCACUUUUUCCAUGUCUGCGAGAGAAUUUGAGAAAAAAUAAAACCAAAUGUCAAAAUACAAUUAUCAGGUCUAUAAAACAGUUUUUGCUGACUGUUUUUUAGAAUAUAGAUUGGUUGGUGAAAACGGCGUUAUGCGAGUACAAGAAGAUGCUUCGGCGCUCCGAGUUUUGUGCUUCUUGGUCGAAGUUAAUGCUUAUGAGCAAAAUCUCUUGUUUUCGCUCUGUAGCAGUGGGUUCAAUUCAGUUCGUUCGAAGUUCGUCGUUUGAAUUAGGCCUAGGAGAGAAUUCUGGUCUGAUAUAAGCUAAGUUAAGACUAAAUUAACAAAGUAACUCAUAGAACCACUUUCAAGAACCCGUUUAUCCUCGCCAUGUAAAAAAGCAUAGAGUUCUUGCAAGGUCAGCCUCGUUCAAAAAAAUUUAGUACAUUAACAACAUUUUCGAUAACUGGAUCUUUCUUUUAUGAGGGGCAAGGAGAAAAUAGUUCAAAACCACUUAGACGUAGCAUUAAACGUAUUUUAGUAUUUGAAAGGUUGAUAUAGGCAUAUUUCUAUCCCCUAAAAGUUUUCAUCUGUUCGGAUUUCCUAGCUGAAAGUCUAGUGAUCCGAAAAUUAUAGGGAUCAAAACUUACCUUUUCAAAACUUUCAGCCAGAAAAAAGGCUCCCGAAAAUUCUCGGUGACCUUUUAAGGUUAAAAAUCCGUUAAAAAUGGGCAAUGAUAUUAUUUUUUAGAUGUUCGAAAAUCCUAGGAGAGGCAGACAAGCAAGACAUUUUACAACAAAUGUUCCGAUAAUUCUAGAUCUCAAAUUGUUUUCCGAACAGAUAUUUUCCGAAAAUUGACUUUGGGUGCCCCUGUUUUAUUGGGAUUAGGGUCCCUCACCCUGCUUUCUGUUACAAUGUCCAUCAAGUGAACUUCAAUAGCACUGGCUCACUGUAUGUAUCAUGUUCCUGUCCGAUGACCAAUAAUUUUAGAUUUGAUCGAAGAGAACUCUGUACUACGCCAACUAUGGUGAUCUCUCGCACUCGACACAUAUAAUAUUGAAACAUGAUGGCAGCGGCGACGUAACUGAUUUUAAGUUCCCGAAAGAGUCCUCAGCCGAACAUCGUGAUAGUAAUAACGAUGAUGAUAAUAAUAAUAAUAAUAAUAAUAAUAAUGACAAUAAUGAUGAUGAUAAUAAUAAUAAUAAUAAUAAUAAUAAUAAUAAUAGUGCAUUUAUAUAGCGCACACAUCCAUUAAUUGCUCGAGGUGCUUCACAACAAUUAAAAAUAAAAUAGAACUAGUAUGCUAAAAACUUAGACUAAUAAACUCAGAAUGAAAGCUAAUAAACUCAAAAAGUGAAACUAACAAACUAAAGAAUUACUCCUUACAAAGAGUCAGAAAACGUUUUGAGAUUCGUCUCAAGCAAUGGGACAGUGCUGGAAUGAUGUAUAUUUAAAGGAAGGGAGUUCCAAAUCCUUGGGGCGCAAACGGCAAACGCCCUGUCUCCAUAGGUCUUAGUUCUUGACUUUGGCUGCAUGAGUAAGUCACGCGAGUUUGAACAUAGGGUACUUGACGAUUUCUGAUGGUGCAAAAGAUCCGCCAGAUAUUGAAGCUUUAUACAUAAAAAGAAGAAGCUUUAAAAUAAAUCGAUAUGAGACUGGUAACCAAUGGAGUUGUCCUACCUCAGGGGAAUUGUGCUCCAAUUUCUUUCCCGGCCGGUGACAAAACGAGCAGCAGUAUGCAAACGGCUCUACUUAUACAAAGUAUAACGCCGCCAAAACGUUCCGAUACCACUACUAACAUUGCCGAAAAGUGGAAACAGUUCAAACAGAUCUGGGACAAUUAGGACAUCAUAACGAAUCUAAUUGCACAAAAGAAAAAGUACAGGGUCGUGGACUGUGGAGCUUCGAUAAAUAUCAUCACAAAAACUCACACCAUAGGAAGUCACGUAACACCCCAUCAAACAGAACGCUGAAGAUGUGGAACAGAACGGAAAUGAAACCCCUUGGGAUUACCCACUAAAAAGUCUCGAAUUGCAAAACUGGAAAGAAGCAUUCAUCGCAUUUGUCGUUGUUUCUGAUAAUUUAACAUCGUUGAUAGGUACACGUACUGCAUAACAAAUGGUGCUGAUAACUGUGCCUGAAGAUGAUUUUGUCUCAGUUCCGCCUACCCGCAGAAAACUAUACAUUUCAACCGCCGACGAGCUUAAUCCACAACUAUCCAGAUGUUUUCUGGAAGGAUCUGGGAGCCCAACCUGGCACGGUCCACCUAAGAAUUGAUAAAAAUGCUGAACCCUCCGUAACGCCUUCGCGACGGAUUCCGACAGCCCUGAGAGAGACGUUUAAAGGUGAACCAGACCGCUUAGAGAGGAUACGAGUAUUAGCAAAAGUGGAUGAGCGAACGGCAUGGGUAAGCGGUGUUGUUAUUGCAACAAAGAAGUCAGAUUCCCUCAGAAUAUGCAUAAAUCCACGUCCGUUGAACCAAGCCGUAAGAAGAGAAGCUCAUCAGCUGCCGAUUCUAGACAACCUAAUGCCAGAGAUGGCUCGAGCGAAGAUAUUUUUCGACCGUCGACCUUACCGCCGGUUACUGGCACUGUGCUUGACGUGAGUCUAGUAUAUUGACCACCUUCGCAACCCCAUUCGGAAUGUACAGGUGGAAAAGAUUCCCAUUUGGUCUUUCAGCAUCAAGCGAGAUCUUUUGGAGGCUAAACAGAUAUGUCAACUACUUACCAAAGUUUCUGCCCGUCCAGCAGACCACACGGAACCAACACGCCGUCUCACACGACAAGAAACCGAGUUUAACUGGACGGAAAAGCACGAAAAAAGCAUCUGGAGAAGUCAAGCUUCUUUUGUGACUACCGCCUCACUACUUAGCUAUCACGACCCAAAGGCGGAGCUUGAAAAGUGAUACCAGUAAGAAAGACCUAGGGGCUACCCCUCUACAAAGAGGCAAACCGAUCGCUCACUGAGACUGCGAAAAACGAUAUGCACGAAUUAAGAAGGAAAUGCACGCGAAAAAGCGACCAAAAGCCGCUAGAAUCCAUCCUGAAGAAGUCUCUCGCGUUUGCGCCUAAACGCCUUCAAGUUAUGAUGAUGAAACUUCGGAAAUAUGAUAAUGAGGUGCAGUAUAAGCGUGACAGAAAGCUUUACCUGGCCGAUAGACUCUCCAGAGCAUGCCUGUCGAACACUGUACAUCCAACUGCAGCUGAAUUUGAGAACAUCAACGCAGCCGUUUUUCUCCCUGUAUCCACGUCUAGACUCCGAGAGAUCCAUAAAGCAACUCAGAAUGACGAGAUCUUGUAACCCUGAAAGCUGUCAUCUGGCUGGCCAGACGAUAGCAGUCAAAUACCGGAGCAGAUAAACCCCUACUUCAGCUUGAGGGACGAGUUGUCGGUACGCAAUGGAAUGAUAUUCCGCGGGUAACAAAUCGUAGUUUCUGUCAGUUUACGAAAGGACGUGAAACGAAAUUUGUUUGCUUCACACCCUGGCACAGAAUCAUGUUUACGAAGAGCACGCUGCAAACCAUAUUUUGGCCGAACAUGAAAGCUGAAUUAAAAGAGCCGAUCGCAACCUCUAUGACCUAUCGCAAGUAUGAGAGCAGUCACUGAAAAUAGACUAGGGAACAAGUAGGAGUUGACCUGUUUGAACUAAAAAAAAGAGUACAUGAUCACGGUACAUUAUGACAGCAAUUCCUGGGAAAUUGACUGGCUCACAAGUACCACCUCAACAGCGCUAGUUUUGAAGCUGAAGAACCAUUUUGUUCGCUAUGGUUGCCCUGAUCCCUUAGUCAGCGACAAUGCCCCGCAAUUUGUGCUAUCAGAGGUUCGUGAAUUCGCUAACGAUUGGAACAGAACUAGCUCUCCUGGGAACAGCAAAGCGAACGACAAAGAGUAAUCAACAGUGAAAACAGCAAACAACCUCCUACGCAAAGCUUUGAGUGCCGGGACAGACCCGUAUAUAGCAAUUCUCGAUUAGCGCAAUACACCGACACAAGGAAUGGAAUCAAGUGCUGUUGAACGUUUAAUGAACCGGAGAAAAAUAACACUCCUGCCCACAAGGAAGACUCUCCUUUAGCCUAGAGCCCCACAGAGUGAACGAGUACAUCCAAAAACUGACUAAGCGGCAGAGCAGUCUAAGUACCACAACCAAUAUGCUCGUGUGACUUGCCCACACUUAAAGAAGGUGAUGUUAUACGUAUGAAGCCGUUGGAGCUAGGGAGUAUGGAGUGGAAGGUAUACGCGCAUCAAAGAGCAAAUUCGCAAUGUCUCCCUAGGGUAGCUUUGUUUAUUUAUCACUUCAAUUCUUUCCCAUUUUCCGCUUUUAACCAGUUUAGGCCUUUGCCGUACGUUGUUCGGUCGUGUUUUUAUAUCCGUUAGACUUACAAGCAGGUCAAGCUCACACUGCAUUCCAGCCUUCGUCAAGUGGUAGCCAAGUAUAUACCUCUUAUUAGCCGAGUUUUCGGUCUGUACUGUAAAUUACCGACCGAGUUUUUUUUUCAAGAAAGUUUUUAUUGGCUCACGAAAGUUUUUAUUGGCUCACGAAAACAAUAAUACAAAGGGUUUCCGAGAAAGUGAAAACAAAUUCGCCAUGUUGAAAAAGUUUAUUUGGUCAAAACUAAGAGCGCUGUAAGUUUUAGCUCUUUAAUGAAACGCUGGAGUAUUUUGGAAACCGGGCACUGUGACUUUCUCGACGUCGUUUCCAUCGUUCCUCCGUUGAUCCUUGUAAAAAAAAACACUGCAAAAGGCAAAGAAGCUUUUCAAGGUAGGUUUGUUGUCAUUGUCGAAGGAUUCGCUCGUUAAUUUUUUGGGUAAACCUCUCGAAUUUCUGCCAGUUCAUUCUCUUCUUCAAGCGUGAUCUCCGUUAAAAUUUUCAAACGCGGACCAUAUUUUCUUCCACGGAAAGGUUACGAUUCAGUUUCUACAUCAGCUUCGUUCUCAUUCAAACAAAUCUAGGUUAAAAUCUGGAAAGGCAAAGUCAGGAUCCAGUCUUCAGGGUUUGCAGACAUAUUUUUAAGUAUAUUCGGUCAAAACUAAGAGCACUGUAAGUAUUCACUCGCCAAUGUGACGCUGGAGUCUUUUGAAAACUGGACAUUUUGUCUGGCUCGGAGUCGCUUCUAUCUUUCUUUCGUUGGUCUUUGGAAAAACACUGCAAAUGACAAAGAAGCUCGUCAAGAUGAUCGGGUGCAGGCAUGUUUGUUAUCAUUUUUGUCGAAGGAAUUACUCAUUUUCUCUUAGGCAAAACAUCUCAAAUAUCUGCCAGUCGAUUUUCGUCUUCUUAAUUGUGUACUACGAUAAAAUAAUUAUUUUCAAACACUGACUAGAAUCCUCUUCGAUAAGAUCACGAGUUAGUUUCUUCAUCGCCUUCGCUCACAAAUAAACACAGUUUAAAAUGUUGAAGGACAGAGUCAAAAUCUAAGUCCUCAAGGUUGAUAAUAAUAAUAAUAAUAAUAAUAAUUUAAACAUAUUUAUGCAGGAUUGCUGCUUCAGUUUUAAGAAAAAAAAUUGCUAUCAAUGCAGGUCCUGUAAAAAAUUAAAAAUGAAAAAAAUAAAAAUAAAAAAGAUUUAAAAUAUAGAUAAAAAUCAAAUCACAAAAUUACAAAAUAGUCACACCAAACGAAAGAUCGAACAGUUAUAAAUUCUAAGAAUUAUUAAAAAUUAUUAAAAAUUUUCGCACCUUUGUAGAAAAAAGCGCGCUUGGUGCAUUCUAAAUUAAUUUUUUCCAAAAUAAGGUCAUUAUUAUUUCUAGUUUUGUGGCGGUGAAUGUCACGGUUUCUUACAUUGAAAUAAUUAGAAAGGUAUCUGGGAACUCUAUUUGCAAUGCACUCAUCAACAAAUCUUAAAAUGUGUGUCCGUCUUCUAUAAUAGAGAGGUUCCAAGCCCAGUUUAGUCAUAAUUUGAUCAGUUGAUAGUUUUGAGGCAGCUUUGAAGUAGACGAUCCUCGCUGCUCGUCUAGAUAGACGUCUUGUAACUUAAUUUCAACCUUUUUUCCGAGGUGAAGAGAUUUAGACCUCCGAAAUAAGCAUUUUCUUUGAAAUUUUAGUCCGUAUAGCAAGUUACGGACCGCAAAUUGACCUAUCGCAUGGCGAAAACAAACUCAGCCAUAUAAUAAUUCUUUUUAUUCCGUGUUAGGUUUGUCAGCCAUUAAGAUAAGAAAGGAGCGGAUAAGAUAAGGUACAAUACAUUCGUCUUCGCCAUACUUUUCUUGCUAGGGAAUUAGUGCCAUGCUGUUCAAUGCUUGAAUUUUAAAGAACGCAGCGGGGCCAGAGGGUCUUUUUCAAAGGUAUUUUUACGCUGGUCACUCCAAUUAUUCUGUAUAAGCGAAAAAUUAAAAAAAAUUGUUUGAUCAAUUUUUAGAAACACCAUGCGACGUCAUGUGAUGGUGACGUCACAUGCGUGAACGGCUGCUGCAAGAAUAAUCCUUGUCAGAAUGGAGGAACUUGUACGGAAAUAUGUGAGCCCACGAGCGUCCGGUACAACUGUUCUUGUCCAGCAAAGUUUAUUGGUAGACACUGUGAAAAGAGAAAGAGUUGCCAGGCCUACAAAGCUGCUGGAGAAAAGAGUUCUGGAUUGUACACAAUCACUGAUGACAGUGAUCAAUCCUUCCAAGUGUUCUGCGACUUUGACUCUGAGCCUGGGUUUGCAUGGAACUUGAUCCAGUCGUUCAGCUUAUCAAAGAAAGACAUUUUUGGGGCAAGUAUUGCAGAUGGUAUCUUACAUUUUGUAUAUUACUGACACUUCCCUUCUCGAGAUUAGUACUGAGACUAAACUUUAAUUUCAGUCUUCUGAAUUGUUUGUUUCCCUGGUCUAACUAAAGAUAAACAACACUUGUUGUGAGCUUGGUAAAAAACGCAGGGUAAAGGAUCCUUGUUUUUAGUCGUCGCUCGAAAUAAUCAUUUCUUGACUGACAAACCCGAGGCCGAAUUUCCGGUCAUUUUACCCCCUCUCUAUUAAUUCAGGUAAUUUGAAGCUCACGACGAUGCUCGGUUCGGUGAAUACUAAAUAAAUACGAAACACAUAUGUGGGUGGAGUAGCCAAAACAUACCCAGAAAUGAAUAAAAUAAUUACAGGUUCUGUGCUCUUCAGUGCUUCUUUCAGCCAUCUUCUCUCGAUAUCACGCUUUAGUAAAUAUUUAGAUGAGAAAAAAAUUGGCACAAAUCUAUGUUCAGUUUUUUGGCAAUUUUACUAGAUUGUACGGAUUGAGCUAUCACGGGUCGAAUAGCGCGUGUCUAAUUCAAUUCUAUUUUGGAGUUUAAAGUAAAAACAAGGGCAUCUUAAGGCAUUUUUCUGGUAUGUAAGUGGAUAAACAAUACAUUAAAGUCAAAUUCUGUGCGACACCACAUGCAUCAUCGAAAAAAUCUCUCCUUUUUGUCUAGUUUUGGGCUGCGCGCGGUUUUUGUCAAAGGGUCCAAAAUAGCCGUAUUUGUCAGCAUUGUGACGUCAAAACGAGCACGGUGACCCCAACUUUUUAGUACUUUUUCAUCGUCUUCUUGACUUGUUACAUCAGUGUACCAAGUUUCAUCUACAAUCUAUGUUAGGUUCUUUUACUAAGGAAUCACCUUAAACCGCGUGUUACCCUAUUUGUAACCUUCUCUUCCGCAUGUCACAGGCUUGUCAACUAGAGGAAUAAAAUCCAUCAUUUAUUGUUCUCAUCUACUAAUGCUAAUGACAAGUUUGUAAUCUGUAGGAUGAAAUUGUUUUCUUUGAUUACGAUGAUGACAACGCAAUCAGCGGUGACCAUCCAAAUUGGCAGGCGUACCUGAUCAUCCCAGCAAACCUUGCAUGGCUUGGGGCCCAGUCCACUCACUGGCGGGCUACCUGUCGCUAUGAUACCGACGGAGUUGUGUACACAGAUUACAUGAAAACAUCCCUGGCAAAUUUCAACAUACUUAGCCCACAGACCCAAUCAGGUACAUGCCACAAGUUCGAAUUUAUGAACAUCCGGGGGCACGAAUGUUUGAACUGUACCGCACCACUCUGGUAUGAAAAAGAUGAAAAUUCCUUGCACACAGAUAGUGACAAAAAUAUCUGUGAAUUCAACGGAAAGACUAGUGCAGUUUAUAACGAAGACAACUUUGGAGGUUAUGGUGCUGUUAAUCCAUUACAUCGUUGUUCGUCGGGACCUAACGCCACUACUCAGGUCUGGCUGGGUGGCCAGUGA